CGGGGCCGCUACUAAAGCCCUGGACUCCCGGCUGCGAGCAGCCUGGCGAGGGACGCGGGCGGGGACAGAGCUCCGAGCGCUCGCUGCUGGAGGGUGAUGGCCCUGCGAGACUGCAGGGUCCGACCUUACCCAGAGUCGGUGAGAGGCUCGCGGAGGCGCGGGAUUCUGGGCGAGCAUUGAGCGCCGGCACCAAGUACCCGAGGUCUUGACGCAUUCUACGUCCACAGACUCGGACCAAGGCGAGGAUCCGCUCUCGUUUUUGUGGUUCGUGGUGCUCCAGAUCAUGUCCGCGGCUCCCGGGAAUCCGCGCGGAAAAAGAAGUUUGCCAGGCGUGGACCCAAUGACCUUUCCAAGCUGUGUGCCUCACUGCCUGAACCAGGUCUGAGCGGCGCUGCCCUGGCGGACCUUUCUGCGGGAGGGUCUCUCUUCGUGCUGUUGUCUCUCUGAGUUUUUGCCGGAGCCCCACGCCCACCCGCCUCUGAGUCCUGGAAGAAAGGGGCGGCUCCCUCAGCCCCCCAGCAUCCCGGAAGAUGGGGAGCAAGGCCCUACCGGCGCCCAUCCCGCUCCACCCGUCGCUGCAGCUCACCAAUUACUCCUUCCUGCAGGCGGUGAACACCUUCCCAGCUGCAGUGGACCACCUGCAGGGCCUGUACGGUCUCAGCGCCGUGCAGACCAUGCACAUGAACCACUGGACGCUGGGGUACCCCAAUGUGCACGAGAUCACCCGCUCCACCAUCACCGAGAUGGCGGCGGCGCAAGGCCUCGUGGACGCGCGCUUCCCUUUUCCGGCUCUGCCCUUUACUACCCACCUCUUCCACCCCAAGCAGGGAGCUAUUGCCCACGUCCUCCCAGCACUGCACAAGGACAGGCCCCGUUUUGACUUUGCCAACUUGGCGGUGGCUGCCACGCAGGAGGAUCCCCCUAAGAUGGGAGAGCUGACCAAGCUGAGCCCUGGGCUGGGUAGCCCCAUCUCUGGCCUCAGUAAAUUGACUCCGGACAGAAAGCCCUCCCGAGGGAGGUUGCCCUCCAAGACAAAAAAAGAGUUUAUCUGCAAGUUUUGCGGCAGACACUUUACCAAAUCCUACAACUUGCUCAUCCACGAGAGGACCCACACAGAUGAGAGGCCGUACACAUGUGACAUCUGCCACAAGGCCUUCCGGAGGCAAGAUCAUCUGCGGGAUCACAGGUAUAUUCAUUCCAAAGAAAAACCCUUCAAAUGUCAGGAGUGUGGGAAAGGAUUUUGUCAAUCUAGAACUCUAGCAGUUCACAAAACUUUACAUAUGCAGACAUCAAGCCCUACAGCUGCGAGCAGUGCGGCAAAGUGUUCAGGCGAAACUGUGAUCUGCGGCGGCACAGCCUGACUCACACCCCGCGGCAGGACUUCUAGAGAAGCCCAGGAUCUGUCCCGUGCCGCCGCUGCUCCCCUCCCUUGACACCUCUCCACGCCUCCCACCCGGGGGGGAGGGGGCACCCCACCCCCAACCAUUCACUGACCCCAGCUCUUCCCUUGCUGCAGCCGCACCUGCAGCUCCAGGGACUUAAGUCUACUUCUCGAGGACUGAGAACUGUAGAAAGCCACACACGUACAUCCCUUCACAAAGAGCAUAUGCUAGUUUCUUGUAGAUAUUCACAGCUCAUUUUAGAGCUCUGUACAUAAUGUCGUGGGUCUGUUUUGUUGUUUUGUUUUGUUUGUUUUUGUAUCUUGUUGGAUGCACCUAGAUAUGGAAAAUGGAAGCCAAAUUUAUCUUUAAAGACUGUAUUUUCAAAAUAAAACCUUUUCUUGUUUGUUUCAA